AUGACCACAUCCACAGGUCCUCCACAUCAACCGCCCAGGAACAUCGCCGGUCGUCCAGCAGAGUUUCGCGCUACUCUACUAUGCAUUGCAUGCAGACUAACCCCAACGGAGAAAGGGAUCAUUAACGAUUGCUUAGAAAGUAUUAAGGAAUCCAUCGACGAGCUUAAAGAUUCGUUGAGUUCAAUGAAAAAUUUGGGGGUCAAGGGUGCUGAUAUGCAAGCUCAGUUAGAUGAUAUUAAGACUUGGGUCAGUGCCGUCAUCACAGACGACGUUACUUGCACUGAUGGAUUCGAUGGUCUGAAGGUAAGCACGGCGGUUAAGACCCCCAUCAACAAUAGCAUUGUGUAUGUUGCUAGGUUAGCUAGCAAUGCUCUGUCGCUCAUCGACAGCCUCAUCUACUAG